AUGGCAGCCGUGAAACGAGUUCCCCUAUCCUUUGUUCGCCAGGCGUCGACAGUGGCUCCGUCAUCUACAAAAGCGGCAGGAGAUAUAAGCUCCGUAUUUCCGUCCUUAUCGGGAAAGGCACCGGAGCCUCUUCCGCCACGUUUUCAAACCCUAAAAACUCAGCUUUCGACCGGUAGACAGAAAGAUUUGACUGAGUCGUGGUUACGGCUCUUGGAUUCUCUCCGGGAAGAGGUCGACAAGAUCAAAGCAUUGGGAAGCAAAGCUAUUCCUUCAAUUAAUUACGAGGACAUUCAGAGUGGCACCCUGACUCAAGAGCAAUUGGACGAGAUCCGCCUUCGUGGCGCGGUUGUCAUUCGAGGCGUAGUGCCCAAGAAGACUGCUCUCGAUUACAAACAAAAAGCCAGAGAAUACAUAGCAGCCAAUAAGGACAGAGUCAACGCAUUCCCAAAGGAUGACCCGGCGGUGUAUGAGCUUUACUGGACUCCAAGCCAAGUGCAUGCCCGCGCACAUCCAGGUAUCAUCGACACGCAAAAGUUUCUCUCAAAGCUAUGGCAUUCCUCGAACCCGCUAUCGCAAAUCUCAAACACACACCCUCUCACGUACGCGGACCGGUUUCGUAUUCGCAACCCUGGAGAUGCCAAAUUCGCCUUAGGCCCCCAUUCCGAUGGCGGAUCGCUUGAGAGAUGGGAAGACCCCGAGUAUCAUCGAUGUUAUUCAAAGAUCUUGGAGGGGAGAUGGGAAGAAUACGAUCCCUUCGACGCAGAUCAUCGCAUCUCUGCUCACCAGGAUCUUUAUAAUGGCGCUGGUGCAUGUUCGAUGUUCCGCUUCUUCCAGGGCUGGUUGAGCAUGUCUUCGACUGGUCCAGGGGAAGGGACUCUAAAGAUUUGCCCAUUGCUGAGACACGCAACGGCGUACCUGAUACUGCGGCCUUUCAUGACGACUGGCUCUAUUCAGGCCCUUAAUGCUGAAUUCCCGGGCUCUAUGCCUGGUGCUUGUCAGGAAUAUAAUGAUGAGACGCAUCCGGAUCUUAAUUUGGCUGAUACCAUGUGCUCUGUCCCUCAUGUAGAGCCAGGUGAUUACGUUGCAUGGCAUUGCGACACCAUCCAUUCCGUCGACAAGGAACAUCGUGGCCAAACUGACUCCAGUGUAAUGUACAUUCCAGUAUGCCCAAUGACGUCGUCCAACGUCCAGUACCUAGUCAAACAGCGCGAGGCAGCCUUGAAAUACAGCCCACCCCCUGACUUCCCGGAUGCCGGUGGUGUUGGUGAACAAGGAUUUACCGGUCAGCUGGAUUGGAACACAGUCUCGGCUGAAGGCCUACGAGCCAUGGGUAUGGGGUCAAAACCAUGGGCAACCAGUGAGAACAUGUCAGAUGGCGAGAAGGCCGUUAUUGAGAGUGCAAACAGGACAUGUUUCAGCUAA